UAACUUUUGAGCUCGGCACAAAGACGAAUUCCUUGUGUGUCCAAUCACAUUUCGCCAAUAAAGAAUUCUAUUCUAUUCUAUUCUGGUUAAUAGCUCAGCACAUCACACUUGACUAUUUCACUUGGCUCAGUUGCAAAAGUCGGUUGCUAGAAGUGAAAAACGACUUGAUAGCAUUUAAUCAGAGAAAACAUCUGCGCCACGGCUUAAGUACAGACGGGACAAACGUUUCCUGUCCGGAGAUGGAGGUCAAGCGGACAACAUCUGUGCCUAGAAAGCUGACACUACAGUAGGCAGGCUCUGAGUUUAAAGUCUUGCGUUUAAAGAGUUAAAACCAUCAAGUACUGUCCUGCUAGAAAGGUGGGCAGGGGAGGAGAAGCCCGGAGGAACUUCCUCUUCUGGAUGACUUCAUGGGAGGAAGGUGGUGGGCAGAGCGGCUUUUGCGAUCUUCCCAGGGUCGAAGCAGCGGCUGGCAGACAAAGAGGAUGGCAUUAAGAGCACUCGGGACAACUGUAAAUAACAAGCAAUGUUGAAAAGGGAAGAAAAUCAAGCCAGAAAUCAAAAUAUUUUCCAGUUUUUUCAGAAAACCGCACAAAUCAGCAGCUGUUAGACAAAGAGAAAAUCAAGAAAGAUUUCAAGCUUGAAUAAGAAGAUUAUGCAGAACUCAAGGAUACGUUACAUGAAAAGUCAAAGGAGAUUAUUUUUCAAUCAGGAAAAAAAGGGAAAUAUCUGGAAGUCAGUGGGGAGGAAAAGGUCAAUAGUAAAGCCACGUAGAGGAGACAGGAACGCAGGCCUCUCCCCAUGAGGAAGAAAACGGCUUGAAUGAAAGCACCACUAAACAAGGCAUUGUCCAUAUUUUUGACCUCAAGAAUAUCAGCUGUGGAAAGCUCCAUAGAUUUUCCUAUUGUGGAAAAGCACAGCUUUCAAAUCACAGCUGAUUAUGCAGCGAGGAGCUAGACAGGAGAAAAGCCAUACAAAUUAUUUCAGUGUAGCAAAAACUGGUCAGUGUAGCUCCCUUGUGGUUCAUGGAAGAAACCAUGCAAGAGGGAAGCCAUAAAAGUGCUUCCAAUGCAGUAAAUGCUAUAGUGAGCAUGGCAACUGCAGAUUGUGUGAAAGUUUCAUUGGAAAUUUCCAGGACCUGAAACACUAAAGGACACACAAGCAGGAAUAAAACCAUUUGAACAUCCUUUCUGUGGGAAACGUUUCAGUGAGAAUUCCAGUCUGGUGAAGCAGCCAAGACUCGCAAAGAAGAGAAACCAUUUGAAUGUACUGACUAUGUAAAAAAAUUCAGUCACAAUUCCAGCCUGGUGAUACAUCAGCAGAUUGACUUCAGGGAGAAACGUUAUGAGUGUCUAGAUUGUGGGAAAAGCUUCAUUAGAAAUGUCCAUCUCAGACAACAGAUAACUCCACAGGAAAAAAAAUAUUUGAAUGACCUUUCUGUAGGAAAAGUUUCAGUCAGAAUUCCAGCCUCAAGAUACACCAGAGGACUCACAUAGGAGAAAAAUGCUUUGAACGUCCUGAUUGUGGGUAAACUUUCAGUUGUAAUUCGAACCCUGGUGAUACACCAGAGGAAACCCAAAGAAGACUGUCCUAUCUGUGCAAAAACUUUUAGUGAUAAUUCCACGAUGGUGAAACACCAAAGAACUCAUACAGGAGAGAAACCCUUUCAGUGUCCUGACUGUGGGAAACGUUUUAGUAAUAAUUCCACCCUGAUUCAACACCAGAGGACUCACACAGGAGAGAAACCCUUUGAAUGUCCUGACUGUGGAAAAGUUUUCAGUUGUAAUUCCCAUCUCAUGAGACACCGGAGGAGUCACACAGGAGAGAAACCCUUUGAAUGUUGUGACUGUGGGAAAAGUUUCAGUCAGAAUUCCUACCUGGUAAUACACAAGAGGACUCACACAGGAGAGAAACCCUUUGAAUGUCCUAUCUGUGGGAAAAGUUUUAAUCAUAAUUCCAACCUAAUGAGACACCAGAGUAUUCACACAGGAGAGAAACCCUUUGAAUGUUCUGACUGUGGGAAACGUUUCAGUCAGAAUUCCUGCCUGGUAAUACACCAGAGGACUCACACAGGAGAGAAACCCUUUGAAUGUUGUUACUGUGGAAAAAGUUUCAGUCAGCAUUCCUACUUUAUAUAUCACCAGAACACUCACACAGGAGAGAAACGUUUUGAAUGUCCAGACUGUGGAAAAGGUUUUAGACAGAAUUCCCACCUCAUGAGACACCAGAGUAUUCACACAGGAGAGAAACCCUUUGAAUGUCUAGAUUGUGGGAAACGUUUUAGUAAUAAUUCCAGCCUGGUGAAACACCAGAGGACUCACACAGGAGAGAAACCCUUUGAAUGUCCUAUCUGUGGGAAAAGCUUUACUUAUAAUACCGGCCUGGCGAAACACCGUAAAACUCACACAGGAAAGAAACCCUUUGAAUGUCCUGAUUGUGGGAAAUGUUUUUAUGAUAAUUCCACCCUAUUGAAACACAAAAGGAUUCACACAGGAGAGAAACCCUUUGAAUGUUGUGACUGUGGGAAACGUUUUAGGGAUAAUUCCCACCUAGUGAUGCACCAGAGGACUCACACAGGAGAGAAGCCCUUUGAAUGUCUUGAUUGUGGGAAAUGUUUCAAUCAGAAUUCUAACCUUACAUAUCACCGAAGUACUCACACAGGAGAGAAACCUUUUGAAUGUCCUGACUGUGGAAAAGGUUUUAGUCAGAUUUCCCACCUCAUGAGACACCAGAGGACUCACACAGGAGAGAAACCCUUUGAAUGUCCAGAUUGUGGGAAAGCUUAUAGUCGAAAUUCCGAACUCAUGAGACACCAGAGGACUCACACAGGAGAGAAACCCUUUGAAUGUCCAGACUGUGGAAAAGUUUUCAGUCAGAAUUCCCAUCUCAUGAUACACCAGAGGACUCACACAGGAGAGAAACCUUUUCAAUGUAUUGACUGUGGAAAAGGUUUCAGUCAGAAUUUCCACCUUGUGAGACACCAGAGGACUCACACCAUGGAGAAAUCUUUCAAAUGUCCAGUCUGUGGACAUUACUUCAAGCAUAAAUCAUCCCUUAUUGCGCACAAGGAAAUUCACAUGCAGCAACAGUUGAAGAGUUUAGAGGAGGCUUGAAUUUCAUUUGUGAUCUCCCAUUCACAAAGUGUAGAUGAGAAACUGACUGUUUGAAUUCUGGCCUGAUUUUUUUUACUCAAAUGUUUCUCUGGAUUAAACUUGUAGGUGGAGAGAAAGGGAAAGUGGAAAAUGGCUAACUGCCAUUUUCUAGUUAUCAGCAGAACUUCUGCAGAAGUAGUGGAAUUCUUAAAAAAGAAAUUUGGAUGGUGCUUUUUUAUGUUGAUGAUGGACCCACAUGUGGAGUUUCAGUCUUCUAGCUUGGUUUUGCCCCGAUUUUAAGCCCCAGAAUUUUUCAGCCAGCAGAAAAAUAGUCCUCUAGAUAGAACUAUUAUGGGCCUUGCAAUUACAGUUGCAUGUUGCAACGGCUGUUAAGUGAUAUCACUUUUGUUAACUACCUGAAUCUCCCUGCUCUUCCUGAGGCAGCUAUUAAUUUAAUGUGCAAGUGGCUAAGCAGAACACUGGCUACCUCAACGUUGGGGAAAACUCUUGGAAGCCUAACGCAGGGCCAGGCAUGCCUGCCAUAGUCAUCCCUAGGCCUCCCCCACCCUCCAAGACACCCUGUGCUCUGUUUCCUAACAGUUGUGUCCCUUCAGCCCUUCCACAUGGUCCCAGUCCUUUCUCUCCCCCCAAGGGUCCCUACAGGCCUCUCCCCUGCCCCCCAAGAUCCCCUUACUCCUGAUUCACAGCCCUCCAUCCCUCACACCCUCCACUUCCUUACCUAUGAAGAUCUCUGAUCCUCAUGCUGGGGACAGAAGGGAGGACACAUCCCUGGGACAUAUGACUGUGUCCUGGAAGCAGUUACCAUUUUCAGUGUCCCUGGGCUAUGUGGUGGACUUGUGGAGGUGGCUGCUCUUUUGCCACACUGUUGCACAGAAGAGUGACAAUCCCUAGGAAAGGUCUCUUGCGUGAGCAGGGGAUUGAACUAGAUGACCUCCAAGGUCCCUUCCAACUCUGUUAACUGUUAACUGUCAAACUUUGUUUUGCUGCCUUAACAUGAGAAAAAAAUGUACAGUAGAAAACGUUCUUUUUAAGAAAAUGUAUUAUGUUACAAUUAUCAGUAGCUUUUGACAGGUAAACAUGAGUAUUGUCAGUGUUGCUAUGAACAUUAGGGCAAGGCAAGAUGCUCAGAGUUGCCUCAAACUGUGAGAUGAGCAGCGAUUCAGUUUAAUAAUAAAUGAAUUUAAUAAUAAAAAGGUAAUGUAAAUCUCAUUUCCCAACUCUUGCUCAGUGGUAAGGACGCCACACAUACUCUGUGUGUGUG